CGGCUCUGAAAAUCUCGUCGUCGCUCUCAGCUGCUGCUCAUCUAGAUGCUUGAUUUAAGACUAUCAUUGACUCCUGUUCAGGGCCGGUAGUAAACAAACCAGUAAUCAAUAAUUGGACGACGUCGAUAUUAUCCUAUCACUAUCAGAAAUAUACCCAUGAAAGCAUCUCGGCCAUGAGGAUUAAAUUAUCCCUCCUCCCCCCAUUCUCGCCUUCGAGAAUCCUUUUCCUUGUGCCAAGCGACGUCAAGACUAUCGCCCACCUGAAGAAGUACCUCAUCAAGUCUUUAUCCUCGAUUGCACAACAUGCCUCAUCUUCACGGGAAUUACUCCUGGAGAUUGAGGGAUUUCAAUUACUCAGUGGCAGUGACCUGAAUAUCAUUGAGCCGACUGACGUUGUCUGUGUGCGACUUGCUCCAGGCAGUUCAGCAGAUAGUCCUGAUAAGUUUUCGGACAAGAAAAGGAAAAGAAACUCCGCUCCGAAACUGCCUAAGCAAACAAAAAAGCGUAGAAUUGCUGUUUCCUCAACUCCAUUGGAAAAGGACGGUUCGGCAUCUGUCGAAGCUGUGUUUGGUAAAGAAUCUCGCAAACUUUCUCAGCCGCUCGCUUUGGCAAUACCAUCUCAUGUAAUGGGAGGGCGACGUGCGUCCAUCUCCUCUUCCUCUUCCUCUUCCUCAUCCUCUUCCUCUUCCUCAUCCUCUUCCACUUCCUCUUCCUCUUCCUCUUCCUCUUCAUCUUCCUCAUCCCCAUCCUCAUCCUCAUCCUCAUCCUCAUCCUCAUCCUCAUCCCCAUCCUCAUCCUCAUCAGGAUCAAACUCUUCUCUUGAUUCUGAGAAUCCGCCUUCGUUGAAGGAUGGCUUUUCAUCGAAAUCCCAACAGAAUCAUGCACAAUCCCUCAAGGUUCACACCGGAAAUGAAAGCGCGAUUCGUCUCUUGCAACUUCCUGUUCCUCCUGGUCAUGGCAAACCACAAACAAGGAAUCGUAACGCCCGUCGCCGCCUUGCCCGUCAAUAUCAAAAGUCAGUUCAAGAUCGUGGCGCCAACGUCUCUACAACAGGAAUUGAUUUCAACCAAGAACCCUCGGUUCAAGUAUCCUCAUCUCAGUUCAAUGAGGGCACCACAACGUUUACCACUCCUGAAUUACCGAUUCCCAAGGAUAUGUCCAAUAAAAACAAGAAAAGAGGAUUUUUGAGAGAAAUGGCAGGCUUAAGGGGAAAGAAGACAGUGUUUCAUGCCGACACAGACGGCGCUUCUGCGUCACUGCCAGAUACAACGACCGAAGUUGAUCAAAGUCCCAGUUCAGCUUUUUCAUUGGGAGGCUCUCGAAACCACCUGCAAUCUCAACAGAAUUUAUCACAGAGAGACUGGACUCUGGAUGGGAUAUUUUGUGGAGAUGCGGUUGAUGGGGACGGUCAUCGACAUCUUAGUUUCUCAACCAGCACGCCGUUGAGACCGUUACGCAAUAUACCUCCUUCGGAGUUAACCAGCUUGCCCGACAAUAUCUUUAUCACGAGAACAGAGUUCGGGGAUUCAUGGUACGGUAAAUCCAACUUGGGAAGAAGUAGUAAUGGGCAUCGUAACAACGAAGAGAGCCCCGCUAAUCAACAAUGGGGAGUAGCAGAGGAAGAGGAGGAAUUCGCUGGAGAGCAUGGCCCAGAAAGUGAGGCACAUGAUGACGGAACUGAGACUAUGGCUAUGGAUAAAGUCUUUUGGGAGUCGACAGAAAAAAAAUACGACGAUCUCAAGUUUUUGGAUGAGGACAAUCUUUCGCAACUGAGAUUUGGGUCAAUAUUGGCUCGCAAAGAGCUUGUGCUGGACUUGCAUACUCAUUCUCCUCAAUUGCAAUUAAACCUCGUCAAGGUCAUUUCUGUGACAACAGAGGGAAUCCUGAUUGAAAAAGUGGAUUCACCGAAAGAAGAAAAAGAGGAAGAAACUGAGGAGCACGUUUCGUCGCAGGAAGAGUGUGGGUUCAUAAAACUUGAUCGUGACGAGAUAAAAGCUGGGAGCUGGAAGAUAGUAUUCUGAAAGAAUAUAGCAGGCUAUCACAUGCGACACCGUACCGUAUCAGGCGAAUACAUAUGCACUGAGAUC